AUGAUAAAUUUACUACAGAGCAUUCUUUCCAUCUUUGUAAUAGCAGAAUUUGUUCUAGGAAAUUUUGCCAAUGGCUUCAUAGCACUGGUGAACUGUAUUGAUUGGGUCAAGGGACAAAAGAUCUUCUUAGUUGAUGGAAUUCUCGCUGCUCUGGCGGUCUCCAGAAUGUGUUUGCUUUGGAUAUCAGUAAUACACUGGUAUGCAACUGUGUUUUCUCCAGCUUUAUGUAGUUCAGAAGCAAGACUUAUUAUUAAUGUGAUCUGGAUAGUAAGCAACCAUUUUUGUGUCUGGCUUACAACUAGCCUCAGCAUACUUUAUUUACUCAAGAUAGCCAAUUUCUCCAACCUUAUAUUUCUUCACCUAAAGUGGAGAGUUAGAAGAGUGAUUCUCACGAUACUGUUGGGGACUUCGGUCUUCUUGGUUUUUCAUCUUGUAUUGGUAAGUAUAAAUAGAAAAAUGUGGAUGAAUGAAUGUGAAGGAAACAUCACCUGGAAUAUCAAAUCGAGGGACAUCAUGCCCCUUUCGUAUAUGACUGUAUUCACGCUUGCAAACUUCGUACCCUUUGCUAUGUCCCUGAUGUCUUCGCUGCUGCUAAUCUUUUCCCUGUGGAAACAUCUCAAGAAGAUGCGGCUUAGUGGCAAAGGAUCCCAAGAUCCCAGGACCGAGGUCCACAUAAGAGCCAUUCAAACUGUGAUCUCCUUUCUCUUGCUAUUUCUCAUUCACUUCCUGAUUCUGAUCUUUGCAGUUUGGUAUUUUAAUAGUCUGCAGAAUGACUCAGUCUUCUUCAGUGGUCAGGUCCUUGCAAUUGUUUAUCCUUCAGGCCACUCAUUUAUUCUGAUUUGGGGAAACAAGAAGCUAAAGCAGGACUUUCUCUCAGUUUUACGGCAGGUGAAGUGCUGGCUGAACAAAUGGAAAGCUCAACGCCAUAGGUCAAUAAGAGGUGCAUCGUUUGUGUUCUAG